UUUCGGUUUUAUUCGCUUUUAAAGGUAUUGGUAAACCAAAUAAGUUUUUGUGUGGAAGAGUAACUUUUAUGAUAAACUGAAUUAUAAUAAUGUGACAUUGACAAACAUACAAACUCUAGUAGUGUUCAUAUAUUUAAUAGCCUAUUUCUACUUUCAUAACCCCUUGAAAUUAAAAUUAACUGAACUCCCCACCCACGCUGCAACUCACCCCUGGGGUUAAACAGGUGGUGGCUUUCCAGUAUUAUUGAUCCAGAGACAGAAAAUGCAUAGCGCGCGCAUUGUAAGUCUGCAUCAUCCCUAGUUUUUAAUAUUAUGCACAAACAAUACAUCGAAGUUACUAAUGGAAUUUUUCUAUUUUCCCUCGCGUGAACAUCUUUUAUAGCUCACAUAUCACACUUUGACUUGGCAGGAUGCCUUGCUGCAACAUUUUAAAAAAAGGAAGUCCUGCUUUAAAGCGUUUAAAUGAACAUAAAGCGAUGGAUCACAGUUACACUGGAAACACCUCAAGAAAUUUAUCAGCCAAAACCCCUGUUAUUUUACCAUUAUGCAAGCAAAAAGAUAAUAUGGACAAAAUAUCCAAGAAUCCAGACAACUCUUACGCUUUGCAAGAAGAUCUAAUAUCAAGAAGCGUGGAAGAAACUGAAGCAGCACACGAUUUGCUAUCGCUUUCUCAGAGUCUUCCCCCUUUGCCUUCUCCAGUUGUAAUAAUGCACCGAACGGAGGAUUUAUGUCCUGGAGAUGGCUUGACUAAUAUGGCUCCUAUAAAUGAAACUUUAUCAAAUUACGUUCCUUCUAAUCAACGUCAACUCUAUUCAGAAAACAGAUUAAGUUUAAUCGGAAGUAAAGAGCCGACAAAUUUGCUUUAUUUAGUACAAGAUGGCGAAGAACUUACUUUAGAAGUUCAACGUGCAUUACCACUUAGUCCACCAAACAGCGAGUGUAGUUCCGAUAUAAAAGCUGUUUAUCAGGCUUACAAUAAGGAUGACAUAUUAGUUGGCAAGCUUCAACGAUUUUCUACCUCAGAUGAAGUAGAAACGAUUAUUCUAGAUGAUUCAGAGGAUCUAAUCGUUUUGCCUCUAUCACCUGAGAUAGAUGAGCCCCGGGACCAUAUUGAAUAUAUAUCAGGAACUGGGGUUAUUGAUUCCCAGGCGGCUGUCAGUUCAACUAUCUCUGCUGAAUCUGAAUUUGAAGAGCAAUCUGUUGAUGAAGCAAAACCGUUUGAAAAAAUUCACAGCAAUAGGAUGAAAAUAAACGUUUGCUCAAUUUCAAGUGACAAAACUGAUCAGAAAGCUUUUAAACUAGAAAAUAAGCCAUAUAAAAGCUUUUUCGGUAGCAAUACGACUCAGAAACGGUUCAGUCUACAGCCACCUGCGAAGAAAACGUUUUCUACGUCCAAGUUAAAUGCCAGAUCGUCCAAAAAAGUGAAAUAUUACAAAGUAAAGCGAGAAGCUGAAGAAAAAGAAGAACCGCCAGAAACGCUCCAGAAAUCAAAGUACUGCUGCAUUGAAUGCGGAAAAUGCUAUGCGACCCCGAGCAACCUCUCUAGGCAUAAACAAACCCAUAGAAGCCUGGAUUCAAAUUCAGCGAAACGUUGCCAUACAUGCGGUAAGGCUUACGUUUCGAUGCCAGCACUGGCGAUGCAUCUACUCACUCAUAAACUUGCUCAUUCGUGCGAUAUUUGCGGCAAACAAUUUUCAAGGCCGUGGCUCCUGCAGGGGCAUCUUAGAUCACACACCGGAGAAAAACCUUAUGGGUGCGCUUAUUGCGGAAAAGCUUUUGCUGAUAGAUCGAACUUGCGAGCUCACGUCCAGACCCAUUCCAAAGAGAAAAGAUUCGAGUGUCCCUUUUGCCUUAAAGGGUUCGCGCUUAAGUCUUAUCUAAAUAAACACUUGGAAACCACGUGUGCCUAUCCGGCCGGACUACCUAAAGACGAUAAUCAAAAGUCCAAAGAGAUUAUAAAGAAAAACGCUGAAACGCAGACGGUUACUUUUGAGGAAAAUGUGGAUCUCUCUAUCGUAAUCAAUUAAAAAAGACAAACAAAUUCGCAGGGUUUAUCAAUAUUUUUGUGACAGAUUUUUUUUUGUUUUACGGGACAAAGUGAAUUUGAUUAUCCCAACCCCGCGCUAAUUAAUCAUCUUAAUUAUGAGAAUUUAGAAUCACAUUGCACGCAAACCAUCCAAGGGAAAAGGGUAUCGAAGAAAUGACAAUCCAUAUUUUAUAAUUUGUUUGAAUCAGUUCAGGUUAAAAUCGGCACAAUUAAUUUAUACUAAAAAAAAAUCUGCUACAGAAAUAUUUGCUUUUUUAAGCAUCUUAAUUAAAGUGUAUUAUAACAAGCAAUACUGAUAACGAUAAGUACUUUUAUACAUUUCACAAAUGAUAUUUAUUACAUAUUGUACUAAUAAGUUAUUUUUUAAAACUUUACAAGUUCAGUAUUCAUUUGUUCUUAAUGUUUCUUGUAGGACUGAAAGUAACCAAAGAAAUGUUAG